GGGCAAUGACUUAAGAUGUUUGAUUAUCUGCAGAUUUGUCGCUACUAGAUGCGUGCCAACGGCAAAAAUACACCAACUUUCUUCUCUCCUGCAAUCAAGAAGAAAAUGGCAGGUCCAACUCCUGUCUUCCUUUUUGCUCAUGGUUCGACUAUGAUGCUGGGAGAGGACACGGAACCCGCAAAGAUAUGGGAAUCGGUCGGAAACGAAGUCCUACGGCGAAACAUCAAAAGAAUCGUCAUGAUGGGCGCACAUUGGGACACUCCUGGUGAUGAAGUAGAAGUAGCGAUGAACCCGAAUGCAAUCAAGGACCCUGUCGGAAGUGUUAGAGACGAUCGAUAUUUACCAUACAAAUUGGUACCCGAUAUAGAAGGUGGACAGCGUGUGAUCGAUAUGUUACGCGGCGCUGGUAUCAACGCAAGAGCCGAUAGAACAUUCGACUGGAUUCACGAUACCUACCUGAUCAUCAUUCGGAUGUUCCCGCAUUGCGUGCCGCCUCCAACGACUAUCGUCUCCAUGAAUGCGCGGUACGACCCUCAUUUCCACACACGAAUCGGAGCGGCUCUGCGCCCUCUGCGCUACGAGGAUACACUUAUCAUUGGAAGUGGCGGCUCUGUACAUAAUCUUUGGCGGAACAAUUUUUCGCAGAUGAUUCUGUAUAAAGACAACUUGGCCCAGCCGAUACCUCCCAGCGACUGGGCGCUCGAAUUUAGACAAUCCGUCGAGGACGCCAUCACGCGAAACACUGGCCCAGAUCUUCGAAGAGCCAUAACAAAGAUGAUGAAGCAUCCUCGGUACAGAGAUGCACAUGGAACAGAUGAUCAUUGGAUGGCUACACUCUUCGCUGCUGGAGCUGCGGGGGGCGAAGAUGAUGUAGGGCCCAACGUCAUGUUGGGGGAGUGCUGGGAAUUGGUCAAUAUGUGUAACACUCAGUAUCAACUUGGAUCAUGGGAUUAAAUUCUAGGCCUCUGUUUUCGUUAGAAAUCUCAGCAGAGAGACUAGGUACCUGUAUUGAUAAUAUAAAUGCGUGG